AUGAGUAGUCCAGUCACAAACCCAUUGUUUGAGUUUCAAUGGUUGAGGAACAAAAACACCUACAAAUAUCGAACAGUUUGCCAAGAACUAUAGGCUUAGUUAGAUCCAUCUUAGCUAAUAAAAUAUGCAACAAGUAUAUUAAAGCGGGAUCCUUCUGAUAGAUUUGAAGAGGAAUUACUAUUGAUUGUGAAGGCAACUGAGAAUUUACAAUUUUUCAAGGAAAUGAAUUCCAAACAAAAAAAUAUUGACAAUAGACUCCACACUUAAUGUUGUUAGAAGAUGACAUACAAAUCAUUUUAAUAAGGUGAAACAGUGUUUAAGUAGGGUGAAAAAGGCGAAAAUGCUUUUAUAAUUUUGAGUGGGAGUGUUAACAUAUAUUCAUAAUUGGAUCAAUAUGUAGUUAAUGAUUUAUCGUACAAAAGUAGAAAAAAAACUCACCCCAUUUCUGUUAUUAAUUAAGCGAAAAGGGAGAAAAUGAAAAAUCGGUUUACAACUUCAGUUGGGAUGAUGAAGAAACUCAAAAGACAAAAUUCAAAAUAAGUAGAAGAUGAGCAGUUUCAUUCAAUAAAAUUACUGUAAACGUAACAUAUCAUUGAAGAAGUCAAGAUUGAAGAGGAGAAGGAUAAGAAGAUCUUAGAAAUUCAAUAUUAAAUGGGAUUAGAGAUGACAGCUGGAAUUCCGCCGGCAAAAUUAGACAUUGAUUAUUUUUUUAUUGAUGGAGUAUUUAAACAUAAGUUCGUCAUUGAAUUAAUGGAAGGAUAGAUGUUUGGAGAAUUGGCUCUUAUUUGGAAUCAACCAAGAUCUGCUACUGUAGUUGCAAAAUCUAAUUUGGAAUUGGCUGUCCUAACUUCAUAAGAUUAUAAGUCAUUAUUGAAAGAUGCAGAACUUAACAAAAUUGAAUAACGAAUUAAGUUUUUUUAGAACUACUUUUUUAGAGAGUGUCCACGAUUUGUAACAUUAAGAUAUUGUUACAACUUUAAAAAGAUAGAACUAAGGAAAGGCAAUUAUUUAAUAAGAAAGGGUGACAAAGUGACUUAAAUUUAUCUAAUUAAAAAAGGAGAAUUGGAAGUAGUACAUGAGUAAGAGAUAGUCAAUUAAGUGUCAGAAGAGUAAUAGUCUGAAUUGGCAUCGUCCGAAUAGCAAUUAUUACUUGCCAUUAAAUAGACUUAAAUGAAACCACUUAAGAAAAUGAUUUAGUAAAGAAGAGUCAUUAUAUUGAGUGAGGGUGAGAUUAUUAGUGAUGUUGAAAUUAUGCUUAAAAUACCAGUAUCUUAAUAAACUAUUAUAGUGAAAAGCGAAAAAGCCAAAAUUUAUGGAUUAUAAAUGAGCCAUUUUAAUAGAAUACUAAGUGAUCAAACUACCUUAAAGAAAUAUUUUUAUGAUUAAGCUAACAUGAAAUAUUAACAUAACUAAAAUUUAAUUAAAUAGGUUGAUAAAUUUCAUUAAUCCUAGUAUGAAAAAGUUAAAUUAAAUUAACAGCUUUAUUUGCUUAAAUUAAAAAAUGAAAGUGACAAAUAAUAACCAUCUAAUUUGAAUAAUAUCAUUGAAGAAUCAGAAGAAUCUUAAAUUGGAAUAUCAAAAUAAAAAAAUAUGUCCGUUCAUGAUUAUGUACAAGAAUAUCCUAUAAAAAUAGACAAACCUCUACUUCAUCUAAAGUAAAGUAGUGCAUUUCCCUCUCUUAAACUCAACUUAUCGAAUAGUCCAUUAAUUGGAUCAAUGACCAGUAGGAUUGACUCUAAAACUAAAGACAUUGAAGAAGAUUAUGAACUUUAAGUAGCCAGUUUGAAAGGAGUAUUAAAUAAGAUCAAAUUUUAAGUAAAUCAUAAAUCCUCACAAAAAAUCUUAAGAUAAAAAAAGGCUAGUGAAUAAGAUUUUAGAAAGUAGGUCUAAAUAAUGUAAUAAAACAAUGACUAAAUUAAAAAGUAUGAUCGGAGAUAUGUAGAUUUAGUUCCUGAAAACGAAAAGAUUAAAAUAAAAAGAUAACAUGAAGCCACUGAAAUGAUUCGUCAAGAAAUGGGUUCAUAAUCUUAACAUCUCAAAAAGUUUAUUGAAUUCUAAUUAAUGAAAACAGAAAUGAGUUAAAGAAUAUCUAAAUCAAUUGAGUAGUCUGAAAGAAUUAUUGGUAAUAACACUCCAAUUUCAAAAGGUCAAUUUUUUACUUACUUCUCAAAUUCCUGCAAAUAGACUGACAAUCGAAUACUUACUGAAUCUAUUUAAUCCCCUUCCCCUAUUACUUAAUCUGAAUAAAAAACUCAAAAUUUUUCAACAUCUAUUGUUGUACCUAAGCAACCUUAGUAAUAAAAACCAGUCUUCAUUAAGAGUGAACAUAAUUUAUUUAGAAUGAAACCUCAAUCUCGUUUACUGCAAGCAAGAUACUCGAAUCAUAGUGUAGGUAAUUGA